AAACUGCCCAUAAUACAUCAAUACCACCAAGGGAGAUUGAUCAUGAAGACCUUCUGUGGAAGAGCUAAUCCAACCACUGGUGCAAUGGAGUGGAUAGAAGAGGAUGAGAACUAUGACUACCAUCAGGAAAUUGCAAGGUCACGCUAUGCAGAUAUGCUUCAUGAUAAAGACAGAAACAUGAAGUAUUACCAAGGUAUUCGUGCUGCAGUGAGCAGAGUAAAAGAAAGAGGUGAGAAGGCAAUUGUUCUAGACAUAGGGACAGGCACAGGCCUCCUGUCCAUGAUGGCAGCUUCAGCAGGUGCAGAUUUCUGCUAUGCAGUUGAGGUUUUCAAGCCCAUGGCUAGUGCUGCUGUGAAAAUAGUGGAGAAAAAUGGUUUUCAUGACAAAAUCAAGGUAAUCAACAAGCACUCCACUGAAGUCACUGUUGGUCCAGAUGGAGAUAUGCAAUGUCGUGCAAACAUCCUUGUAACAGAAUUAUUUGAUACAGAGCUGAUAGGAGAAGGAGCUUUACCAACCUAUGAGCAUGCACACAAAUACCUUGUAGAGGAAGGAUGUGAGGCAGUGCCUCACAGGGCAACGGUAUAUGUCCAAUUAGUGGAAUCUGAAAGAAUGUGGUCCUGGAACAAACUGUUUCCUGUUCAUGUUGAAGCAGAGGAUGGUGAAAAAAUUAUUGUCCCCCCUUCAGACAUGGAGAACUGUCCAGGUGUUCCUUCUGUUUGUGAUAUCCAGCUGAACCAGAUGCCUUUGAGUGACUUCAUUAUCCUUAGUGAUGUGGUGACAAUGUUCAGUGUGGAUUUCAGUAAGCCAGUAAGGAGUGCCGCUACCUCCUACAGAGUGCAGCUGGAGCCUGUGAAGUCUGGCAAGGCACAAAUCGUACUUUCCUGGUGGGACAUUGACAUGGACCCCUCUGGGAGGAUCAACUGCACAAUGGCUCCAUACUGGGUAAAAGCCACUUCUGCUUCCCAGUGGCGAGAUCACUGGAUGCAGUGUGUGUAUUUCCUGCCAACGGAGGAGCCCGUUCUCCGGGGUGAGGCGGUGUGCCUGGCUGCCUGCCGGGAUGAGUACUCGCUGUGGUACACGCUGCAGAAGGCCAGAGAAGAGGAAAACAAGGCAGAUGUUCGUAUUGAGAGUCCUGUUUGUAGAUGUCAGGCUCAUCUCCUUUGGAAUAGACCACGCUUUGGGCAAUUAAAUGAUCAGAACAGAACACGCCAAUACAUCAGGUCUCUGAUGAAGGUUCUGACAGCAGAUAGCAUUUGCCUCUGUAUCAGUGAUGGCAGCCUGCUGCCUGUGCUGGCUCACUGUCUUGGAGCAAAGCAGGUGUUUACAAUAGAAAACUCUUCUGUAUCCUGUUCUGUCAUGGAAAAAUUUUUUAAAGCAAAUCACCUUGAAGAUAAAAUAAAAAUAAUAGAAGCACGUCCAGAAUUGCUGACAUCUUCUCAUUUGGAAGAUAAAAAGAUUUCUGUUCUUGUGGGAGAACCAUUUUUUACUACAAGUUUGUUGCCAUGGCAUAACCUGUAUUUCUGGUAUGCUAGGACAGCUGUGACCAGUCACCUUACCAAAAAUGUCACUGUUUUACCUCAGUCUGCAUCUUUGCACAUGAUGAUUGUGGAAUUUCAGGACUUAUGGAGAAUCCGGAGUCCAUGUGGCAUCUGUGAAGGUUUUGAUGUCCGAACUAUGGAUGAUAUGAUUAAAAAUUCCCUGAAUUUUAGGGAAUCCAAGGAAGCAGAACCCCACCCUCUGUGGGAAUAUCCUUGCAAGUCACUCUCUGACCCCCAGGAAGUUUUGACAUUUGAUUUCCGAAAGACUGUACCCCAACACGGCCUCAGCACAGAGGGUUCUGUAAAUCUUCAACG